AUGACAAACACACCCGAUACCCCCAAGCUGACCGGCUAUGACUUCUAUAAAGCCCUCGGGUCCCCUCGGUUUGUUGUGGCACCAAUGGUAGAUCAGUCAGAACAGGCCUGGAGAAUCUUGAGUAGACGUUACGAUGCACACCUCUGCUUUACACCAAUGUUCCAUGCUAGACUAUUUAGUGAUCCCGAACAGGGACACAAGUAUCGUAAAGAGCAAUGGAGCACAGACAAAGCAGACAGACCCCUCAUUGUUCAGUUUUGUGCCAACGACCCCCAGAUCUUGUUGCAGGCAGCUAAGCUUGUAGAGAAUGACUGUGAUGGUGUGGAUCUUAAUCUUGGAUGUCCCCAACACAUUGCGAAAAGAGGUCAUUACGGAUCCUUCUUACAGGACGAAUGGACCUUGAUCCGGGACAUGAUUUCAAUUUUGCACAAGGAACUUGCCAUUCCAGUCACUGCCAAAAUCCGGGUGUUUCCUACCGUUGAAAAGACAGUAGAAUAUGCCAAGAUGGUCGAGGCUGCCGGAGCACAGAUAAUCACUGUCCAUGGCCGUUUGAGAGAACAAAAAGGUCACAAUACUGGUUUGGCUGAUUGGGACAAAAUUAAGGCUGUUAAAGAGGCAGUCAAGGUGCCUGUGUUUGCCAACGGAAAUAUUUUGUAUUACGAAGAUGUUCAAAAGUGCUUGGAUUAUACUGGAGCAGAUGGUGUCAUGAGUGCUGAGGGAAGUUUGUAUAACCCAGCUAUCUUUGCCAAGCGGGACAUGCCACCGUGUACCUGGGAGAUGGCACAAGAAUACCUCGAGAUCUGCCGCGAUUUGUGCCCCACGCGCACCGGUAUCAUUAAAGCCCAUCUGUUCAAGAUACUCCAGCCUAGCUUACCCCACCACACUGACUUGAGAGCACGUCUCGGAAAGGCUAACAAGUUUGAAGAGUUUUGGGAUAUUACCAUGGAAUUGAAAAAGCGCUUAGAAGAAGAGCGUGAAAGAGUUGGAGAAACCGAAUUGGCUGGCCAAGAAGACAUCAAGGGUAUCCGAAAAUAUGGUUACUGGAGAUGCCAGGUAAUUAAGAGAUAA